ACCCCACAAUCUGAUUAACAAACUUGCCAAACAUAUAUAAAGCGAAAUACAUUUUUCCUAUAAUCGCGAAAACCAAGUUACAAUAUAAACUGCGGUUAAAUCCACAAGUGUCGUGUGAAAAAAUUUUUACGUUUUUUUUUUUCAAAAAUAAAAAAAAGGAUUUUAUAAAGUGGCAAAAAAAAAAUAUUAGGGGUUGAAAGAAACAAAACGGAUUUAUAUAAUAAUUUUUGAAAGCGCGCAAAGGUCAAAAGGAAAAUUUGUGCAAAACAAUAUUUGCCAAUAGGAGGCGCGCAUUUCUCCUAAUAUUAGGCAACGGCACUGCGUACACUUGCUGCUUUUUCCCCUCGACUGUCACAACAUAACCACGUGUGCCGGCAUUCGUACAAUUUUUUUAAAAACUAUAAAAACGUGUUUUAAAUUUUUCAUUGACAAGACGGCUUUUACAUUGAAUAGAGAAUUUUUGUUAAAUUGCAAAUUUAAAUUUAAAUUCAAAUAUAGUGAUAACGAAAGUCAAAAAAAAUAAUAGGUGACAAUGUCCUCAUCACAGAGAAGGCAAAUGAUGCAACCAUGGCCACUUUGUGUGAUGCCUUUUACAAAAUCGAAGGACCGAGCGAUCCUUCCAAAUUACAAAAGAGUGUAUACACUUGCACCACGUUCAAGCACAUCAAAUUCAAAUUUGGGCUUGGAUUGCGCUUCAAAUACAACCCUCCUGACAAGUGUCAGUUCAUUCAAUAGUCAGGAUUUAAUUGAGGAGAAGAAUAAUUUAUCCAAUAGCGAGUGUCAAAAAUCGAAAAAUUAUUAUGCUGAAAAUUUAAAGAUCAAUCAUCAAGAUCCAAUUACAAGAGCACAAAUUUAUGAUCCAUUGGGCAAGGGAUUGGACAAAAAUUAUAAACAAUUAGAUCCACUUUUAAAAGAUCCAGAAUCAUCAGUGACAAAAGAUAAAAUGGAAAUGGAAAAUACAAAAGACAAAGUAUCAUUUCAAUUUGGAAAGGGUUCAACGCAUAAAUUUAGCAUUUCCACAAAAUAUGCAACACAGGUAUUGGCAGCACUUUCAGUCUCUCUGGGAUCGAUGAUUAUUGGAUUUUCAAGUUCAUUUCCAUCAUUAGCCGUUGCUUCUAUGCAAGAUAAUUCCACAAAUACCCCUUUUGAAGUUACUGACGAAAUUGAAUCAUGGAUUGGUUCUAUUAUGCCACUAAGUGCACUAAUUGGAGGAAUUGCUGGAGGUCCUUGCAUUGAAUAUCUUGGAAGGAGGAAUACAAUUCUCAUGACUGCCUUCCCAUUCAUUGCAUCUGGACUAUUAAUUGGACUAUCGCAAAAUGUCCCACAAGUUCUGCUGGGCAGAGCCGUGUGUGGGUUUAGUGUUGGAAUUGCUUCUCUAUCAUUGCCUGUUUAUCUUGGAGAAACAAUUCAACCUGAAGUGCGAGGAACUCUUGGAAUAUUGCCAACAUCUUUGGGUAAUAUGGGAAUAUUACUUUGCUUUGUGGCUGGAGCUUACUUAAAUUGGCGUAAUCUUGCAUAUUUGGGAGGAAUAUUGUCGAUUCCAUUUUUACUUAUGACUUUAACAAUUCCUGAAACACCAAGAUGGUAUGUUUCCAAGGGAAAAACGAAGAAAGCACAAAAAGCAUUACAAUGGUUCCGUGGAAAAAAUACUGACAUUACUGAAGAAAUGACAGCUGUUGAAAAAGCACAUAUUGACAGUGAACAACAAGAUUCUGAAAGUUCAUUCACUGAACUUUUCCGCGGUACAAAUUUUAAACCUUUUCUCAUUUCAAUUGGCCUCAUGUUAUUUCAACAAUUAUCUGGAAUCAAUGCCGUCGUUUUUUAUGCCGUCAAGAUUUUUGAGGAUGCAGGCAGUACAGUUGACAAAAAUUUAUCAGCAAUAAUUUUGGGAAUAGUAAACUUUUUAGCAACAUUCAUUGCAACUGGUCUAAUUGAUCGGACAGGUCGUAAAAUUCUCCUCUACAUUAGCGCAAUUUUAAUGACAAUUACUCUAUUCGCCCUUGGCGCAUUCUUCUAUUUUAAAUUACGCAAUUAUGAAGUGACAGCAUACGGUUGGAUACCAUUGACAAGCAUGAUUAUUUAUAUGAUUGGAUUCUCCUUGGGUUUAGGACCAAUUCCAUGGUUAAUGAUGGGUGAAAUUUUACCAGCAAAAAUACGUGGCUCAGCGGCAAGUGUUGUCACAAGUUUCAAUUUUUUUUGUACAUUUGCCGUGACAAAAACAUUUACCGAUGUGACAAAUCUUUGCGGUGAAGAUGGAGCAUUUUGUAUAUUUGGAUUUAUUUGUAUAAUUUCAUUGAUAUUUGUAAAGACAUGCGUACCAGAAACACAAGGCAGGUCCUUGGAGGAAAUUGAAAAAGGUCUCACUGGAAGAUCAAGAAGAAUGAGCGCUGUCGCCAAUAUGAAACCAGCGCCAACAGCGUGCUAAGUAUAAAUUAGUCAUAAAAAUAAUAAUUUUUUUUUUUUUUUUUUUGUAAUAUAUAAAUAUAAGAAUUUUAAUUAUUAUUUUAUUUACAUCGGUGAAGUUUACAACGUUUAUCAUCAACGAUUGUAAAAAAGAAAAACAAUUUUCUAAAAAUAAAAACUAAUAAUUGUCUAAAAAUUUUUUUUGCAAAAAAAAAUUGUUGAUCAAAAAAUGUUGUAAAAAAUUUUUUAGACAAAAAAUAAUAAUAAUUUGAUUAGAAAAAUAGUUUAUUUUAUAAAUCGUUGUAAACUUCAUCGAUGUAUUUUAUAUAAACAAAAAAACAAAAAAGAAACGCGAUGCGUUUUAUCGAACCAAGAUUGCUGGACUCAGCUCGUUUAAGAGCUACGAUAGGAAGAAGAAUUAUCACUAUAAUUAUUUAUACCUGAUGUCAUAAAUCGAGCACCAGUUUUGCCUUUAUAUAGUGUAAAAAUAUUUUUUUUUACCCAAAAAAAAAAAAAAUUUCCGAAAUUACAAAAAUAACAGUGAUAAUGCUCUCUUUUCGCGCAAACUUUUCUCUUAUUGGGAAAAAAAAAAAUGAAAUAAUCAUAAAUUCUUGGCAAAAAUGAAAAUUCACAUUCUUCCACUUGUCCCUUGAGUUUCUCAAACAAAAAUUAGUCUUCCUCAAUUUAUUUUCUCUUUUUUUUUUAUUUAUCGUUUAAUUUUUUUUUUUACAAAAUCAAAUUUAACUUCUGUGGAAAAAAAAAUGUCGACCUAUUAAAACUGAAUUUUUUUUACGCCGAUGAAUCAACGAUUGAAAAAAUAAUUACAUUUUUUGCCUAGAAAUUAUUAUCGUUUAAAAAUUUUGUUGAUCUAAAAAAAAAGUUAAAAAAAAAUUAAAACUAAAAAUUCAUUUAUUAAUAUAAUUUAAUUAUUUUUAUUAUGUUAAAAAUUUGCAUUGAAACAAUAUUUUUUCUUCUAAAUUGUUAAUCAUAAACGUUGUCAAUUUUUUCUUCAAUUUAGAAGAAAAAAUAUUUUUCUAUACAAAUUAUUACAUUUUUUUUUUGUUUCUCGAUCGACUAAUUUUUAAAAGAAAAAUUUGUAAGCAAAAAAUUUUUUUAUUUUCCACUUGAAAAAUAUUUUUUAUUUUUUAGUCAUUUUAAAAUGUAAACUUCAACGUCGUAAUUAUUUUUACUUUUAAACUAAAAGAAAAUCAGUUUAAAAAUUAGUUUCAAACAUUUUUUUUUAUGAAAAAAUUAACGCAAAUGUGAAAUAUUGAAAAAAAUUCUUCUGCAUGAAUUAAUAAUAGUAAAAAAAUAAUUCUGGCACUAAUUUUUCGUUUAAGAAGAAAAAUUUCAAUUUCAAUUUAAUUAAAUAAUAACACAAAAGAAACUUAUAGGGGCAGGAAGAAUUUUCUCCUUAUGCAAAAAAUCGCAUCUAUUUUUUAUACAGAUUUUGAAGAGGAAAAAAAGAAAUAUAAACGAAUUUAGUAAUUUCCAUGAGAUUCCAAACAAGUGCCUAACCAAAUUGGUAUUUUUAAAUUAAAUAUUCAAUUUUAUUUUUCCAAUAUAAAUAACUUUCAUGAAGUUGGCUUCGACGUUCAGCGUUGAAAAUUGUUUUUCACGGGACCAAAAAUAUCAAAUAAUUUUUUUAAAAAAAAAGGUCUUGGAUCCACAUAAUACCUUGAAAAAUAUUUCUCUAGGCAUUCUUUGGACCGAAAAUCUUAAGAAAAAAUAAUUUCACAUUUUUGGUACUAUAAAAAAUAAUUUUCGGCGCUGAGAGUCGACGCCAACUUCAUGGGAGGUUAUAAAUAACCAAACUCAAGUAUACGAACAAUUAUCUAAUUUUUCGAAUAUUGUAUAUAAAUUUAGAGAUUUUAUCAAACUUAAAUUGUCAAAUAAUUUGCGCAAUAAGUCAUAAAUGACAAGUGCAUUAAAAUGACUUUUUUUUAUUAUUAUUAUUUUUUUUUUUUUUUUUUUUUAACAAGAAUAUUUGUGAUAAGCAAGUUUGUAGAAUUUUUCAAUAUUUCCGAUAAUUCACAACAUUGACAUGCAUGAUAAUUUUUUUUUUUUUUUAAAUAUAGAAAAAAAAUAAUAAAAAGAUGCGACAUUUAUCGGAAAUAUUAUAGAAGAAUUUUUGCAAUAUUUGUGAUAAAUGAAAUGGGAUAUGAAUAAUACUGGUGAAAAAAAAAAAAAAUUUUUUUUUGCCAGUUUGUGCUCAUUUUGCUCAUAUAUAAUUGUCUAUUUCUCAUUUAUACUUUUUAUGUAUUUAUAGAAGUUAAUAGGAAAAUAAUAAUUUAAAAAAAAAUGUAGUGGUUUAAAAAAAAAACUGUGAAAAGAGGAGAAUCUCUUGAAUUUGAAGGCAAAAGGGAAUUUUUUAGUAAUUGCUGUUGACUAGAUGUAUAACUUCUGUUAUUGUUUUAUUUUUAAUUUUUUUUGACAAUUCUACAGAGUCUACCUCAAGCCAAUGAGAAAAUAGAGAGAAAAAGAAAGAUUAUGAUAAAAAAAAAUCAUGUUUACGAAGACUUGGUGCUACGAAAUAUGUUUUAAUUAUUAUAUUGUAAAUAGACAGAGGCUUGUCUGUUUUUAAAUCAUAUAUUGAUCACAGAUACAUUGUAAAUAUUAAAUUAGUCAAGGUUUCAUAGAUUUUAAGAAAAAAAAAAAAAACAAAA